GCAGCAGCAACCUUUCUCGAGAGGGAACGAGGCGAGACUGAUUGAAAAUGGUUGAGAAGGACGAUAAAGCUGUCUCUGUGGAGAUGAGGGAGAAGGAGGGUCUAGAGAACAAUGGGUUUGUUCAGACCGAGGACUCGGAUGAAAAGGGAGCGGAUGCUACAAGCCAAGAGGAGUUGGCCAAAGCACCUGCUCUUGGCGUGAAUCUCGGAACUGUGGAAGAGCUAACUCUACGGCCUUAUGCAGGAAUGCCCAAAGAGGUCCUACUUCAGUUUUCCAGUCAGGCGCGCUACAAAGUGACGAGAGAGAUCCUCUUUUGGCUGAUCGUUGCCUCCUCUCUGGUGCUUGUGGCAGCCACAGCUGCUAUCAUCGCCAUGUCCCCCAAAUGCCUCAGCUGGUGGCAAGCGAGUCCCAUUUAUCAGAUCUAUCCUCGGUCAUUCAAGGACAGCAACAAGGAUGGGAAUGGUGACCUCAAAGGUAUCCAAGAAAAACUGGAUCAUAUCCAAUAUCUAAACAUAAAAACAGUCUGGAUUACAUCCUUCUACAAAUCUGCCUUAAAAGACUUUGGAUACGGAAUAGAAGAUUUUCAAGAAAUAGAUCCCAUGUUUGGAACAAUGAAGGAUUUUGAAAACCUGGUGGCAUCAAUCCAUGAGAAAGGUUUGAAAGUGAUAAUGGAUCUAAUACCUAACCAUACCAGUGACAAACACAAGUGGUUUCAGCUCAGUCGCAAUCGUACAGGAAAAUACACAGAUUAUUACAUCUGGCAUGACUGCACACAUGUCAAUGGGAGCACUAUACCACCAAAUAAUUGGGUGAGCAUAGUAGGGAAUUCCAGUUGGGAGUAUGAUGCUGUAAGAAACCAGUGCUAUUUUCAUCAGUUUGGAAAAGAGCAGCCAGAUUUAAACUUUCGUAACCAAGACGUUAAAGAUGAAAUUCAUGAUGUUAUUAGGUUUUGGCUCGGUAAAGGUAUUGAUGGAUUUAGCAUUCGUACUGCUAAAUUCCUCCUGGAAGCAACACACCUGAGAGAUGAGCCACAAGUGAAUAAAUCCCAAAAUCCGGACAGCAUCACAGCUUAUUCCGACCUAUAUCAUGAUUAUACCACCACCCAGGUUGGUAUGCAUGACAUUGUCCGCAGUUUUCGGCACACCAUGGAUAAGUUCAGCACUGAACCUGGGAGAUACAGGUUUAUGGGCACAGAUGCUGAUGACAACAUUGAAGGAACUAUGAUGUUUUAUGGGACAUCUUUUAUUCAAGAAGCUGACUUUCCUUUUAACCGCUACCUUCUAAAGAUGGAAGAAAUCUCAGGAAACAGCAUUUUUGAAAUGGUGGCUUUGUGGAUGAAGAACAUGCCAAGAGCGAAAUGGCCGAACUGGGCGGUCGGCGACCCCAACAGUGCUCGAGUCUCCUCUCGGAUUGGGAAGGAAUACAUAAAUGUGAUAAACAUGCUUCUUUUAACCCUUCCUGGAACAGCUACAACAUACUACGGUGAAGAAAUUGGGAUGGAAGAUACCCUGUCAGAAAUUACAACCUUUCCAGAAAAGACACCCAUGCAAUGGGAUGAUAGUCCUUAUGCAGGCUUUAGUGAUGGCAACACAACCUGGAUAUCUGUGAAUCAUGACUACCUAAAUAUUAAUGUGAAAGUUCAACAGACUCAACAGAAUUCUACCCUUAACUUGUAUCGAGAACUCAGUUCCCUUCGUACCAAUGAACUUCCCAUUCAUAGGGGAUGGAUGUGUUACAUCUGGAAUGACAGCAAUGUCUUUGCAUAUGUGAGAGAGCUGGAUGGAUUGAACCGAGUAUUCAUGAUGGUCCUGAAUUUUGGACUGAAGGCCACCACAGAUCUUCAAGCUGCAGUUCCUGACCUUCCUUCAGAAGCUUUAAUAAAGCUAAGCACCAACUUUAACAAUAAUGACAAGGUUGUAAGUACUAAAGCAAUCAACACUGAAAAAGGUGAAGGACUUAUCUUGGAAUACAGAACCACCAAGCCAAUCCACAAAAUGGAGACUUUCAAAGAUAAGUGCUUUGUUGCAGAAAAGGCAUGCUAUUCUAGUGCUUUCAAUAUACUUCACAUGUAUUGCUAAGCCAUAUGUUUAGUCUAAAUCCAAGAGUUGUCAUAUGUGAUUUUGUUACAAAGGUGGCCAAUAUAUCAGGAAUUUAGACAGAUUUGCUAUCAUUCCGCUGUGUAUAAAAUUAUGAUAGCUCAUAUAGUUGUAGUAAUUUAGAGCCAUAGUCACUCUGGGUCACCCCAGCCUGGGCAAUAUCUCUGAUCAAAAAUAAUUUAAAAGAAAAUAAUGACACCAUUACCACAAUCCGCUUGCUGUUCUAAAAUUCUAUGGAAUAUCAAUGUUUCUAACAUACAUGUUGUUAAGUUUCAUUCCCUACCUCAUGAAGACAAAGAAAAACGUAUUAUUGGGGAUUAACUUCCACAUUAAUGCAAAGCAAUGUUGUGCCAAACAUCUCCAAUGUGGGCUCCGCAAGGCUGUCUAUGUGGUCCUGAAGUCUUGAAGUCAGUCUGGAAGCUUGGUCCAAAAUGAGGCCACCAACAUUCUGGCAGGGGCCAUGACAUCAGCACAUAGCACCUCCGAUGCGUUAAUAAUUGCAUGGGUUAAUAGUUAGUUUGAAGACUGAACUUAUGUGUUUGGAUGUGUACAGCUCUUACGUGUCCUUGAGCCAACCUCUUCUUUUGCAUUUUUCUGAGAACUCCCUUUGAAUAUUGAGUAAUUUCCUUUGCUUAAAAAUGCCUUGCUUAAAAAGACUGCACUUGGCUCCCUCACUGUCUGUUUUUGAUAAUGGUAAAGAUGAUUCCAUAUAUUUUCAACAAGUAUUCUUCUGAACUGGUUUCUGAUGGAUUAAAUAUUUUUUUUUGUUA